CGCGGCGGCGGGGCGCGGCCUGCUCCGAGCCCAGGUGGUGUCCUCGCCGGGUCGGCGGUGUGCUGCGGCUGGGACGAUGCUGGGCUGGAGCCGGGUAACGCUGGUCCUCGCGGCCGCGGCUGUCACCUGCGCCUCCGCGCAGCAGGCGCCGCCGUGGACAGAAAACUGCAGAAAAUCAACCUAUCCUCCUUCUGGACCAACCUACAGGGGUUCAGUUCCGUGGUACACCAUAAAUCUUGACUUACCGCCCUACAAAAGAUGGCAUGAAUUGAUGGCUGACAAGGCACCAGCGCUAAAGAUUAUAGUGAAUUCCCUGAAGGAUCUAGUAACUGCAUUUGUGCCAAGUGGAAAAAUUAUGCAGAUAGUGGAUCAAAAGUUGCCUGGUCUCCUUGGCAAUUUUCCAGGUCCUUUUGAGGAGGAAAUGAAGGGGAUUGCAGCGGUUACUGGUAUACCUUUAGGAGAGAUUCUUACAUUCAAUGUUUUCUACGAAUUUUUCACCAUUUGUACCUCAAUAAUAACAGAAGACAAAGAAGGUCAUCUACUACAUGGGCGAAACAUGGAUUUUGGAAUAUUUCUUGGGUGGAACAUAAACAAUAAUACCUGGGUCGUAACUGAGCAGCUCAAACCUUUAUCAGUGAACCUGGACUUCCAAAGAAAUAAUAAAACCGUCUUCAAGGCUUCAAGCUUUGCUGGCUAUGUGGGCAUGUUAACAGGAUUCAAACCGGGACUGUUCAGUCUUACGUUAAAUGAACGUUUCAGCAUAAAUGGCGGUUACCUGGGUGUCAUAGAAUGGAUUUUGGGAAAGAAAGAUGCCAUGUGGAUCGGGUUUAUCACUAGAUUAGUUCUGGAAAAUGGCACAAGUUACGAAGAAGCCAAGAAUACAUUGAUCAAAACCAAGAUAUUGGCCCCAGCAUACUUUAUCCUGGGAGGCAACAAGUCUGGGGAGGGUUGUGUGAUCACACGAGAUAGAAAACAGUCUUUGGAUGUAUAUGAACUCAACCCCAAGCAGGAUAGAUGGUAUGUGGUACAAACAAAUUAUGACCGUUGGAAAAAUCCUCUCUUUCUUGAUGAUCGCAGAACACCUGCAAAGAUGUGUCUAAACCAGACAACCCAAGAGAAUAUCUCAUUUGCAACCAUGUAUGAUGUCCUAUCAACAAAACCUGUCCUCAACAAGCUGACUGUAUUCACAACUUUGAUGGACGUUACCAAAGGUCAAUAUGAAACUUACCUGCGGGAUUGCCCAGACCCUUGCAUAGGUUGGUGAGCACACACCUGGCCCCUAGAAUGCUCUGUCUGUGGCAUGAAGAUGGAAACUCACAUGCAUCCACCUAGUGCAGCCGUCUGAUGUCCUUGCAAAGACCAAGACUCGGCAGUUUCUUGUGGAGGCAUGGGCUUGUCUUUCUUAUGUUUACAGUUCACAGACUAUUUUUGCCAUAACAGUUGAUUCUCCUCAUUUACAGGUAACUUCUUUAUGUACAAAAAUCAAUCAUCUAGAAUUUACAGUUUCUCUUCACUUUGACAUUUGGGGAUGGGGAUGGGCAAUGACAUAUGGGACCCACCUCCAUAGAAUGAAGCAAGAAUCUUGGUGGGUGUUGAAUCCAGCACAUCUGUACAUUGUUCAGUUUUUCACUUUAAUCCACAUAUUUGUAUGUUUUUCUUUCCUUCUGGUUCCAACUACUAUUAAAAUUAGCAUUCUGUGUGGUCUUUGCUGUCUGUGACAGCAAUGUAAUUUCACUAAUUUUGAUUGGAGGGGGAUGAGACAGACAUUCAACUGUGUAUUAAUCUUAAUAGGCAAGAAUACUUGAGCUUUUGACCCUGAAUAGAAGCAAUUUUUUAGGUUCAUGAAGUAAUCCAUGUACAAGGCAGCCUUUCAUGCACAGAAUUGACACGUCCCUUUUUUCAUAAUUACUCUACCUCCCAGAAACUCCAGGCAGUUGUUAACUUCAGAAACUGAGUUCCAGGUUCUGUGAAGAGGUCAAAGCCUUGUGAAAAUUGAGAGGUGAACCCAUAAACUUACAUAAAUAUCAUUCAUGUAAUAAAUGUUUAGUUUGUUUCUCUGAUCAAUAUUUUUAAAAAACUUAAGUUACUAAAAGUGUUUUUCAGAAAUCAGUCUAUUUAUGAAAGUGCUAAUAGAACUUAUUAAUAACCUUUCAGACAUUAACCAUUAACUGUGAAAUGCAUGCCAGUUGGGCGAGACUGUAUCCACUUCAUUUUGUAUAAUGUCGUGUACUCAUGAUGCUCAAUAAACAAUCCCUGGAAGUAC